AUGAAUGAUUCAGUUACACAGAAUUGUUUCGUAUCAUAUUUAGGUACUACUGGGUCAUAUAACAGUGAUGGAACUAUCACUGAUGAACCUUUUUAUAUGCGAAAAAGAAUUGAAUCUCGAAUAACAGAAUAUAGAGAAGCAUGCUAUAAUGUUUUGGCCGGUGUCUUUAGUGCACUUCAAAGGUCUUCGCUUUCUAAACGGAUUUCUCUGUAUGAUGUAGAAAAAGAACGCUUGAUGCUUGAAAAUCUGUACUAUUUGAAGUGGGCUAAUACACUUCUAUUAUAUGAAGUGUUCAAAAACUCUAUUGUCGAAAAAUGGGAGGCUAGAAAACGUCUUGAUGAAGACGAGGAAUAUGACGAGUUAGAAAAGAACAUAACUAAAAUUGAAAGUGAAAUUCCUUGUUUAUGUGCUGAUCCUUUGAGAAGCAAUGAACUACAUCAGAAGUUCCGUAAUUCUUCUAUGGUUUAUGCUGAAAUUACAUAUGCAACUGCUGAAAAAAUUCGUGAGAUUGAAACUCUAAGGUUUCGUUUGCUCAAAUUUUUGCCAUCACAUAAAAGAACUCAAACCGUUUUGGAUGCGAUGAAGAGAUUUGCUAUUUUAUAA